GGGGGGGGGGGGGGGGGUGGAAUGGAGCGGGCGGCGCCUCCCGGCAGCCUCCGCGGCUCCCCUCUUGGCAGGGGUUGGCUCUUCCCAGCAGCCUUUGCGGCGCAGGUGCUGUGUCUGGGGAAAGCAGCUUUUCCAAAGCAAGCGUUUACAGUUAGCAGGUCAACAGCCUUCAGGGAGAACCCCAUCUGUGCUGUAGGUGGCACACUGCUGAGCUGCAGCAGACAUUACUGGUCGCAGCCAACCCAUGGCAUCGGGAGAUUCAGACACCUGGUCCCAGCACAGGUCGCAAAGAAGCUAAGAGAAAGACUACAGAUGAAGGAGAUAAAUCAUGGGACAGAUUAUGAAUAUGGAGAUUUGAACAUAGAGAUGACUGCCUAUGAUAUGUGCUUGGUGGAAGGUUAUACUCGAUAUGUUCAUAAACUCUGCAACAACCUGUCCAUUAGAGUGACUAGAAGCUAUGCGUUGCCCACGAAAACCACCGAGGUGAUGCUGGUGGAGGAGAUGGGGACCAAGAUGCACUUGGAUGCCAUUCUCACCACCCACCGGCGAGUGAUUCAGAUCACGAGUCUGAGUGCAACAUUUGCUCCUAUCCUCUUGGAAAUUCUGCACAGAAACCAGCCUGAAGGCGUCCAUCUGUUAGUGAAAGAGCACACCGAGGCCGACUUCAAGGUUCGAUUUAAGUCUCGACCGGAACUUGAAGAGCUGAUGGCAAAACUCUCCGGCUGAGCGCACCCAGCCCGUUUCAGCAUUCCCUUUGUAAAGAUAAUGGUUCCCUCCCUUGGCUCCUCGUAGCCUUCAGAGAUGACUCUGCCAAUACUUUUAUGGAUGCAUUUGCUCCUUGGAGACAGUUUCUAACCAUGCUGUUAAGGAUCUUUAAUAAAAGCUAAAUGCCGGUGUUGUGUA